CCUUCACUGUUCUGUUCAGCGCAGGAGAAGCGAUCAUCAUGGCUUUAUUUCAGAUCUUCUUAAUGUCAGUGUUGAGUUUCUGUGCAGCACAGGACGAUGAUAUCAUGACUCCUGUGGUGAAUAUCUACUCUGAGCUAAAUGAGCUUAAAGCUUCAAUUGCUGAGCUAAAAACAGACCUGAUCGCUGCUAAAAAUGAACUACAAGAACAGAAAAGCUUGGUUCAGGACCUGCGGAAACAAAUUAAAGAGAGUCCUAAAGUGGCGUUCACUGUCUCCAUGUCAGAGACGGAGAGUGCAAGCCGAGGGCCGUACACUACAGAGACCAAACUCAUCUUUGAUAAAGUCUUAACCAAUGUUGGAGAUGCGUACAAUCCUGCCACAGGAGUUUUCACAGCACCAGUUAAAGGUGUGUAUUACUUCAGGUACUCCGGCUCUGCAUUUUCUACUCAUGAUAUGGGUCUGAGCAUCUUCAAGGGCACCAAAAGAUUUGUGUCUUCAUACGAGUAUAACUCUAGUGAUCGCAACGACCAAAUGUCCAACGGAGCAGUGAUGGAGCUGGAUGUCGGAGAGCAGGUUUACAUGAACCUGUGGAUCAGAUCCUGGAUCUUUGUAGACCGACGAUACAACUACUCCACUUUUACAGGAUACCUGCUUUACCCACUGGAAACUGCUUGAUCUGUGAAAUACUUUGUAAAACAUCAAAAAACGGUUGAAGUUGAGAUCAAAUGUGCAUUCUGAGAUGCCAUACCACAGAAAAAAAAUGUUUUAUUAAACAGCCAGAUUAGUUUGAAUGAUAAAAAGCCACCAAGUAAAUAAACAUCAAAAUAUUGAAA